AUGUCGUCCCUGACCAAGCUUUUGCAAGAAAAGCGAAAAAAUGAGGCGGGCGUCCCUUCUGGGCUCAGUCAAUCGCGCUCACAGCAGUUGGCAAACUCCGAAAGCGAGGCCCAGGAGGAGGCCUCCGAGGACCCAAGUGUUUUGCUGGGACAAGAGCAGUUUUCUUCAAGCUUCUUAACGGCAAACUCGGCGCAUACCGCAGCCUUCAGCGAGAGUUACAAAGAACGCGAGAGACCGGUUCCCCUUACGAUCGAAUCACGUGGUGGGCAAAAUAAAGGCGCCUAUUCACCUUCUGGUAUGACACCCGGGUCUCAGCCAGGGCCCCAGACUCGUCCAAGAACAGUGCCGUCACUAUCCUCGAGCAUUCCUUAUUCUGUGCCCAACUCCAACGCUAGUGGGGGCUCCAGUGCGGGCUCCAGUGGCGCCACCAUUACUGGAAAUGGAUUUGGAUCCGGAAACAACAACGCCGGAAACGGAGCUGGCAGUGCCGCGUCAUCUGUUUCAUCUUCCUACCUAGAGUCUUCGGGUUUGAUGCCCCAUAAUGUCUCUGCCAUCGAUACGAAUGUUAUAUCAUCGCCCAAGGUCGAAUCCGUGGAACCUCGAUUCAUCAUAUCAAAACAAAAAUUUCAAAAGGCAACACAAGACAAUGCUGCAAGCUUCCACUCUAACAACCAAUCUGGCUCGGUGCCCAGAUCAAACUCGAUUUCAUCUCAGCUGGGUAAUUUAUUCUUCACUAAAAACGGGAAAGAUUUGAAUCUGGCCACGCCUACACAUGCGUCUCAAAGUAGAGAUAUACCGGCCAAUCCUGCUACUUCUGCUUCCAUGUAUGGUUCCUCAAUCCCCAAGCCCACUCGUGCCAGACGCAGCUCGCUUUAUGGAAACUCAAGACAACCUUCGGGUUCGUAUCAAGACUCCUUUAUCGGGUCUCCAUCGUCUCUCCAGGAAAAUCAUCCAAACCAAUACAUGCCCAGAUCUCGUCAUUCUUCAAUCGCGGAUCUCAAAAGAUUUUUUAAGAAAGGUCAAAGUCAGCAAUUAAGUGCUUCACCAAACACUCCUCCGGUUUCGGCUGGCGGUAACAUCAGUUCCCAUACCUCAAAUGCUUCUUCUUUUGGCCCUGGAUCUUAUAGUAGCAAUAAUGGCGAUACUAUCUACACAAACUCUGCGUCGCCCACGUUGCCUUAUUCGAAAAGAUAUGCCAAAACUGGUGAAAGCUUAGGUGCAGGGGCAGGUGGUUCAGUAAAGUUGGUAAGGAGAAUUCAAGAUAACAAGGUUUUUGCUGUAAAAGAGUUCAGAACCAAAUUUGAGCACGAAGCCAAAAGAGAUUAUGUGAAGAAGAUUACUUCUGAAUACUGUAUUGGUACCACGUUGCGCCACUCAAACAUUAUAGAAACGGUGGAAAUCAUAUAUGAUAAUAAUCGUAUUUUGCAAGUGAUGGAAUAUUGUGAUUACGAUUUAUUUGCCAUUGUUAUGAGCAAUAAGAUGUCUUAUGAAGAAAUUUGUUGUUGCUUCAAGCAGAUUCUAACUGGAAUUCAAUAUUUGCAUUCGAUGGGUUUGGCUCACCGUGACUUGAAGUUGGACAAUUGCGUUAUUAACAAAGAUGGUGUGGUAAAGCUGAUCGAUUUUGGGGCGGCGGCAGUUUUUUCCUAUCCUUUCUCUAAGACUUUAGUAGAGUCGUCUGGCAUUGUCGGAAGUGAUCCAUAUCUGGCUCCUGAAGUAUGCAUCUUCUCGAAAUAUGACCCUCGUCCUGUGGAUAUUUGGUCUGCGGCAAUCAUUUUUGCCUGUAUGGUUCUUAAGAAAUUUCCUUGGAAAAUUCCUAAAUUGAAGGACAAUUCCUUCAAGCUUUUUUGCUCGGGUAGAAAUUGCGAUUCUUUAAGCGCUUUGGUGAUACAAACUCCAGAAACUGCAUCUGCACCUCCCUCUUAUGAUAAUGCUGUUAAAGCUGAGGAAACCACUCCCACACCGCCCCCCUCGUCUUCUGAUUCAAACAACAAUCCAGCAGAUCCCGAUAAUCCAAACAUUGGUCCACAGAGAUUACUUCACUCACUGCCGGAAGAAUCUCAACAUAUCGUUGGUCGCAUGGUAGAUUUGGCCCCCGCGUGUAGAGUUAGCAUCGACGACAUUAUGCGAGAUCCUUGGAUCCAGGGCAUCGACAUGUGUGAAGUCGUGGAGGAAGAGUUUUCUGUAAAAAUUGUACCUGGGGUGGACCACAAGCACACCCAAGUGGACCAAAGUGAGGCCCAUAUCGCGGGCCUCGAGAAAAAGAAGAAGAAGCAGAAUCGUUGA